AAUAGGAAGCACUUCCAUAUUCAAAUCAUAAGUCACAAUGCGGCUUCUGAGUUUUCUUCACCUCAUAAUAUUUCAUAAUAUUUACGCGCAUUUGCCGAACUUCGGUGACUAUGAUUCUCGAUAUGGCGCAAGGAGACCAAUUUCCCAGGAUCCGGGAAACUAUGGUGGAGUCUAUUUGGAAAACAGGCAGCUGAGAAAUAAUAAUAGACCCGGAGCAGCCAACCUUGAAGAUAUCACAAACGUAGAUCAGCAGCGAAUGCGUCGCGAGUAUCUGAUACGAUCCCAUGAAACACCAUCUGGACACAACAAGUGCCGCAUAUGGGUGCCUCCUGAAACAGUGGAGAAGUACCCGCACGCCAGUCUCAUCCAGGCGGACCAGUCCAAGCGCCUGUCCCAUAUCGAGGUCUGCUGUACAGGGUACUCGGCCAGUCGGUACAAGGGAGUGACUGCGUGCCGGCCCCUGUGCGGAUGCCGGAACGGAAGCUGCCGGGCUCCCGGCGAGUGCGAUUGCUACGAGGGAUAUGUGAAGAACGACAACGGGGAUUGCGUCUUCGCCUGUCCACUGGGAUGCCAGAACGGAGUCUGCUACCUCGAUGGCAGCUGCCAAUGCGACCCGGGAUACAAGCUGGACGAGACGCGGCGCUUCUGCCGGCCCAUCUGCAGCAGCGGGUGUGGCAACAAUCCGCGGCACAACUGCACCGAGCCGGAGGUCUGUGGGUGCGCCAAGGGCUACCAGCUGACGGAUGUCGGUUGCCAGCCCGUCUGCGACCCGGACUGCGGAGUGGGCGGCCUCUGCCAGGAGGACAACCAGUGCGACUGUGCCCCGGGCUACAAGCGGAAGGAUGGCGUCUGUCAGGCCGAUUGCUACCAAAAGUGCAACAACGGGGUGUGUGUGAGCCGUAAUCGAUGCAUCUGCGAUCUGGGAUUCAGCUACCAUGAGGAGUCGACCAUGUGUGUUCCAGUCUAGACAGAUGAUGGUCUUACUUUCCAGGUCUUCUCACUCCGCCUGAGUAUUCGUGAAUAACUUUAUUUUUAAGAGUAUGUUGCACCUGGAAUCUAAAAGAUAAAUUCAACGAAGAUUUUAUAGUUUAAUAAUCGCUAAUGACUGGGAAAACUUUUAAAAAGAACAGUAACUAUUCAAAUUUAUGAUGAAAUACGUUUUAAAAUGGUUUAAUAUUUAAUUGUCUUUUUAGGUUUUAAGUUCCUCUAAAAAUACUUAACCAAUUAUUCAUUUACUUGAUAAAUAAAGUUUAAACAGAAAAAACUGUCUUAUACUUAAUUUCUUAAUAUUUCGCUUAUUUGUUUUGCAUUAUUAAAUAAUUCAAAGAAAAUAAAGUUCUCAUUACUGACAACAUCCGGACUUAAGCUCGAUAACGAAAAUGCAAGCAACAUUAGAAUAAACACUUUAUCAUAAUUAUUAAAGUGUUGUUAAACAAUAAUUAUAUAUUGAAAAGACUUUAAACAUUUCUCUAUUUGCUUUAGAUUUGUCUUUACCUUGUGAUUUAAG